UCCGAGCGCGUCCACUUCGCAGAGCCCCCCUCCGCUGCGUCUGGCGACUCGGAGGGCGUGCCCCUCUCCCGCACGUGAGUACCUCCCUCUCCGCCAUGCCUCCGCCGUCUCUCCCUCUUCAUUCUCAAUAUCCCGACGUCCUCGACAUCAGCUGGCGUGCCAACCUCCGCUACGACCCCCGUCUCGGCGACGACGACGACGACGAGCCCCCAUACGGCUCCUACCACGGGCCCCGCGAUGCCCCGCCUCUCCGCCAUGUCCGCAUCGAGACGCCCUCCUGGGGCCCCGGGGGUUCCCAAGGUCGCUCUUCGCCCAGCGACACAGAGCAGCGCCCCGAGCGCCAUGAAAAGCGAUCUUGCCGCCAGUUCAUGACCAACCUUCGCCAAACGGCAGUCAAGUACUUUCCUCUCGAUCUUGCAUGGAUCCCUGCCAACUGGUCCUGGUCCAAGAUCAAGCCUGUCAUCCGCUGCUCUGUCAUGGUCUUUGUCUCUCUCGUAUUCAUGGUCCUCAGUCCAGUCGAGGAUGUCACUGGCCAGGCUACAUUCUUGCUUCUCGUCUCUGCCCUUUUCGAUCCACCCGCCGAUCCGUUCAUCUCCGUCCUAGAACGCGAGCUCAUCUUCGCUCUCUUCGUGACCAUCGGUUGGGCAUGGUCUGCAUUUGGCAUAUUCUUCGCCCAUCUCGCCCGCCAUCACACCGACUACAACGUCACACUAGCCGAGGUCCUCUCCGGACAGUACAUCGAGGCCGGACCAACCGUCAUCUGCGCCGUCUGGGUCUUCCUCGGCGUGGCCUUCUUCCUUUUCAUCAAGGCCAAGAAGGGACCCGGUCCCUACGCCUUUCCUUCUGUCUUCGGUGCCAUCACCAUCGACAUAUCCUUCGUCACCGCAGUCCUCUUCCCCUACCCAUACUACACCAUCGGCAAGGUAAUCGUCCUUCCCCUCGUCCUUCAUGCCGGCCUUUGUAUUCUGGCCAGCGCGACUAUCUUCCCAAGCACGAUCACCGCACAAUAUACGAGUGCUCUCGCGCGCUCUCUAGAACCACUCGAGGCUGCCAUUCGCGAACAUCGCUCCAUCUUCAAGCUUUCUCCCUCUGGCUCCGACUUCUCUGCGACCGCCAAGAAGAUCUCCGGUCUCGUGACAAAGGCAGAGGGCGGGCUCGGUCCCGCCGCUGCUGCCCUACGUCUCGUCAAGAACGACAUCGUCUUUGGGCGGUUCGCGCCCAGCGACGUCGGGCGCAUGCAGGAGUUCGGACGCCGCCUCAUCGUGCGCGCAAACGGACUCGGAAUCUUCUUCACGCUCAUUGAGCCGACGCGCGAGCGGUUCCCUGUCACGCCCCUGCCUAGUAAACCAAGUACGCCCGUCAUGACUCCCGUCAUGUCUCGUAGACAGUCCUUCUCGCACCCAGGCACCCCAACGAUCGGGCCUCACUCGCCGGACCCAAGGUCUGAUCCCGACUCUGUUGCCUGGGGUCGUAGUCCACCACCGUCACGUCCUGAGACUCCCAGCCCCGCCGCAGGAGACACAAACGAGCGCGGACGUCUCCGCCACCGCGUCGGCCGGUCACAUAACAACGCGAGCGGGUCGAUGUCCUCUCUGCGGCUGACUAUCAGCCGGCACCUGCACCUCCGGCUGCGCAAGCCCGAGCACGAAGAGGACAGCCAGAACCAGCGGCUGCACUUCUCGCUGCUGCACCUCGCCCACUCGCUCUCCGUCCCGCACCCGACCGCGAUGCCCGCGAACGAGUCGGCCGUCGCGGUGUUCGAGAGCCAGCGCUACCUUGCGCUCGAGGCGACCCGGCUGAGCCACCCAGACAGCCCCGAAGCGACGGAGACGUUCGUAGUGCUGCUCGGCGAGAGCUGCGAGCACCUGUUGGACGCGUGUGCGGACGCGGUGCGCGAGGCGAGGGGGUGGGUCGCCGGCGUCCGGAGCGGGUGGCUCGAGAGCAGGAAGACGGCGGAGCAGAGGAGGGCGGAGAGGCUGGGAAGAAUGGCGGAUGUGAGGUAUAAGGUGGAUAGCGCGUUGGGGAUGUUCAGGAAGGAGUAUAGACAUAAAGUGCUCGAUCCCUACAGGUCGGCCUUUGAUCUCGGCCAUGUUGGAUCACCGAAUCCGACGGCGGAGCCCCCUCCACAUCGGUAUCUCUUCCAUUGUUACGUGUACCAGUAUCACCUCAUCCAGUUUGCCUCGGUGGUCAUCGAAAUGAUCGACGCGAUCAUGUCGCUCGAGGAGAACAAGAAGAAGCCGCGUCUGUGGGGUCCAUUUAUGCCCGCCAACCUCAAGAAAGUCUUCUUGAACUGGGGCGGGACGCAGUACGACACAACCACGGAGAUGGAAGGCAAUGAUGACGAGGACCCUGAUGCUAUCCCUGGUAUGCAGACCGACUGGGACGAAGACUUGGGCCAACCGUCCCGGCGAGACCCUGAUGCGCUGCCGCCGAGCACGCUCUUUGAGCACGUCAUGUCAUGGUUCCAUACCAUCCUCAUGGGUCUCACGGGCGGUAACAUGCUCUUCGCUCUGAAGGCAGGCGCGCUCACCGUGCUCCUCUGUAUCCCCAACUUCCUCAAACACACCGCGCACUUCGCAUACGAGGAGCGGUUCGUAUGGGGUAUCUUCAUGGGCCAGCUCACUCUUGCGCGCUUCAGGGGCGACACAACGUUCGCGCUGGUCGCUCGUCUGCUAUGCACGCUAUUCGGUGGUGUCACGGGCAUGGUCAUCUGGUACAUCGCGGCACAGAAGGGCAUCGGGAAUGCGUACGGGUACACCGCCGCGGUCGCGUUCUGCGCGCCGUUCUUCUACUACGGCCGGCUGUACUGGCCGGGCCCGCCGAUGUCGAACAUCAUCUUCUUCGUGACCGCGUCGCUCGUGCUCGGGUUCUCGUGGCAGAACUCGCACUUUGCGGCGAUCUUCCACUUCUACGGCUGGGCGCUCGCGUGGCGCCGGUUCGUGCUCGUCACCGCGGGUGUCACGGCCGCGUUCAUCUUCAGCCUGCUCCCGCCGAGCACCACGCUGCGCAAAUACCAGCGCACGAUGCUCAGCACGACCACGGCGGAGCUUGGGAGCGUUUAUUGUUCUAUCGUCAGCUUUGCGAAUACGAGGGGACGGCAUGGGGUCAAUCGCGGGGAGAUUGUGCAGGCGCUGAUUGCGAUCAGGAUGAAGCUGAGGCGGUCGGUGAUGUUGAAGACGAACAUCAUCUACGAGUUCUCCCUUCGAGGCAAAUGGCCAGCAGAUCGGUACCAGCGUAUCCUAGAGCUACAGAUGCAAAUCGCGUUCUUGCUCUCGCACCUCAUGUCUGUCGUCGAACAUCUCGACCCGGCUUGGUCCCGAGCGUUCCUCCGACGAACUCGUCUGCUCGAUGCCGACUUUCAGGGUGACGUGCUUGCGGUGAUCAGUAUGAUCUCCACGGCACUACGGACAGGAACGCCUCUUCCUCAAGUCACUCCGUGCCCGCUCAUUGAUCGCUUCAUGGUCUACACGCACGGUCUGAACGUCAUUCGGCAAGAGGAAGACGACGACUAUGGCUUGCCACGGACGAUGACCAUCGACACUUUGGAAAAUGAGCAGUACUUAUCUUUCGCAGUCGGAGUGACCACUGCGUUUGGUAUCAUUCUCCGACUUGACAAGCUGAUGGUGGCCGCGAAGGAGCUCGUCGGCGAGCAAUACCACAUCCACGGCAUUGGUAUCCCUGCAGAAGCUAGAGCCUUCAUGGGGAACCCUUCGACGGAGAAGGUGGGGCAUGAUAGCUGACGGAAUGAAUCACACCUGUUGGAUUGUACGAUAGUUGUUGAGGUCGGCACGGCACACUCACUAUUUGUUUCUCAUUGCAGUUGAGCAUAGUACUGGAUGGGAAUCGGGAUCGAUAUAUUGUAGGACUUGCUCGUAUUCUGUACUUAUCGUUAUUGUAGUUCAUUCUAACGAAUGUAGUUUUUCCCGCUUGUUGUACGGUGUCGUCUGAACACUGGACAGAGAUCUUGCAGAGAC